UGUUUUUUAAUUGAUUGGGGGAUUUAGAUACACAGAUAUUAUUAGGUUUUGUCUUUUAGUCUCUAGGGGCUUACCAUUUCGCUGACUAAAACACAAACAUCUAUUUCUUUUUUUCUUGUUGAUUGUACAAAUUAAGAAAGAUCCUUUAUAUUCCUUCCUUCCCCAGAAAUUUUAAUCUCGUUUAUAGAUUCUCUAUCUUACGUUGUUCAUCCUUAACAACAACAAAGAAGAAUAUAGUUCGACCUAGCUGAUCAUAGCUCCAGGCAUCUAUUUGUAGAUUGUUAAAACAGAUCACCUGGUGGAAGUUAAUCAGUCUGAAUUUUCCAGUGUCUGACUGACAUCAGGGUUAAGUAUGAGAAAUGGAACACUCGAUGUUGGUGAAUGUUCAAGCUCUGCCUCUACAUCGUUAAGUAGUCCACAAGAUAUUGAGGAUGAUAAGAUGAUAGCUGUUGUUCUGUCUGAAGAAUAUGCUAAAUUAGAUGGUGUAGCUGCUGCACGCCUUGCUAACUUAGCACCUAUUAAGCAUGUUCCACGGAUAAAUUCAUACAUACCCAACUUCAGUGACGCGAGUCUGGAUCAUCAACGACUGCUGCAGAGGCUCCAUGUAUAUGGUUUAUAUGAAGUGAAGGUCUCCGGGGAUGGAAAUUGUCAGUUUCGUGCACUUUCAGACCAAAUGUUCAAGUCUCCAGAUCAUCACAAAUUUGUACGAAAAGAGAUUAUAAAGCAGCUUAAAGACAACCGUUCUCUGUAUGAAAGCUAUGUUCCUAUGAAGUAUAAACACUAUUGCAAGAAAAUGGCCAAAUCUGGUGAGUGGGGAGACCAUUUGACGUUACAAGCAGCGGCCGAUAAGUUUGGAGCAAAGAUAUGUCUUCUAACUUCAUUUAGAGAUACCUGCUUUAUUGAAAUCACUCCACGAAACCAGGCUCCCGAACGAGAGCUAUGGUUAAGUUUCUGGUCAGAAGUACACUAUAACUCGCUAUACGAACUGCGGAAUGCCCCACUACCUAGCAAGCCAAGGAAGAAGCAUUGGUUGUUCUAGUAGUAGUAGUAGUAGGAAAAGCACAAGAAGAAAGGGAUUUUUAUGAUUCAAUCAUUGAUCAAUAGGAGGAGAGCCUAGAGAGGUCCUGCAGAGAUACUUCCAUUGUGCAUACUCAUCAAGUGCCGUACUGCAAUAUACUGUAUUUGUUUGGUUGUCAUUUUUGCUCAUUUUAUUCAUCUUGAUUCGUAUAAAUUGUUUCUUCAAUCUUUGUACCAUAUAUAUGUUGCUGCCUCGAUUGUGUUUUACUUUCUGUAAACACAUGAAUAAAUUUUUUCUAGGGUGCUGGAUGAAUAAAUUUCAAAAUACAACGACUUGGAAGAGUUAUAUUUUUGAA